GGCAACAGGAAGGAAGCUGCCGGGUGUCGUGCCACAAGUGUCGUGCAGCGGGCGUCCUUUGCGGCAGGCCUGCGCGUCGUUCGCACAUAGUCCAGUUCCGGCGCGUCCAGCGAGCGGACAAGGGCACAUCUCUGUACGGCGGAACGCCAUGCCUUUCUUUGAUAUACAGAAAAGGCUGGGCAUUCACCUAGACACUGGGUUGACAAUCCAAAGUGCUGAACAGCCUUUCAAGAUCCCAGCUCGAUGCCAUGCUUUUGAGAAAGAGUGGAUAGAAUGUGCACAUGGAAUCGGUCGCACUCGGGCAGAGAAGGAGUGCAAGUUAGAAUUGGAAGAUUUCUCAGAAUGUUUGCUUCGGACAAAAACGAUUCAUCGUCUGAAUGCCAUUAGGAAACAACGGAAUAAGCUGAUAAAGGAAGGGAAGUACACACCUCCACCUCACCACCUGGGCCAGGAAGAACCUCGGCCUUGAGCAGAGUAGCUGCUGAUGCCUGGAGGCUGAUUUUCACGUUCUCUUCUUCACUGGAAAGUUUAUUUACUGAAAACCUAUUUGUGAAAGUGUCUAAAAAUAAAGGGUUCCUCUAUCCUA